AUAUUUGCUUCCGAUGGCAUAUGAUACCGGGGGUUCAAGUUAUAGCCGGUCGAAGGUCACGAGCACAUCAUCAGCUACAACUUCACACACACCCUCAUCCACGUCCAUCUCUCGUCUCGAUCUGACAAUCCGACUGCCACCUACAUACAAUGCUGAGCCGAGUAGCUCUCCGAUCUCGACCGGUAGCACAAGCCGCACUCGCACGCACAACCCCUGCCACCAUCAUGUCCAGCCGCCGGAUGUACGCGACCUCGAAACCGGACGAUGCCAAAGCCGACAAGGUCAAGAGCAUCACCGUGUUCGGUGCGGGACUCAUGGGUUCCGGGAUCGUUCAGGUUGCUGCUACGAGCGGGUACAAGGUUGUGAUGACUGAUGUAACAGAGAAAGCGCUCGAGAAUGGAAUGAACAUCAUCCACAAAUCUCUAGCUCGAGUCGCCAAGAAGAUGGCCCCUAAAGCGGAGAAGAGCGAGGAGGACUGGAAACAACAGGUCUUGGAGAGGAUCACGACCAGUCAGGACCCGGCGGAAGCGGUACAGAACGCCGAUCUGGUCAUUGAGGCUAUCAUCGAGAAUCUCAAGAUCAAGCAAGAUUUGUUCGCCUUCCUCGACUCUAAAGCCAACAAGGAUUGCAUCUUCGCUAGCAACACCUCAGCGCUCUCAGUAGCCGAGAUCUCAUCCAAAUGUUCCGAAGACCGACGAACCAGGUUCGCCGGCGUGCAUUUCAUGCAACCCGUACCCGCCAUGCGUCUUGUAGAAAUCAUCAAGGCGCCCAAGACCGAUCCGGAAAUCAUCGAGAUCUUGUUGGCGAUCACAGCUAGGAUGGGCAAGAGUCCUGUUAACUGCUUGGAUACCCCUGGGUUCAUCGUCAACCGGCUUUUAAUCCCAUAUCUGAUGGAAUCGGUACGCAUGUUGGAGCGCGGAGAGGCUACGGCCGAGGAUAUCGAUCAGGCCAUGGAGCUUGGAACCGGUCAUCCCAUGGGACCCUUCAAGUUGCUCGACUUUAUCGGCCUUGACACCGCCUCCCAUAUCGUCUCGGGGUGGCAGGACAAGGCCGACCAAGGGCUUAUCGACAAGAAGUUGGUUGAGCCUAGUCCGUUGAUGCAGAAGAUGAUCGAGGAGGGGCGGUUGGGCCGGAAGAGCGGGAGAGGCUUCUAUGAUUACUCUUCAAAGUUGUAGGAUCGAAAUGUCUGUAGCUUGUAGCAUUUAGGAACAAUCCACUUGAUCAAAGAACCCUCCACACUCUCCAAAGGAAGGGUUCUGACACGAAACGAUGCCCCCCUCCACUUUGCCUCCACCUUUUCCGUAGCAAACGCCGGGGUUGAGUAUGACGUAUAC